AUGUACAGUAUCUUGUGCCUCGCUCUACGCAGUUUCGUACACUGUCCCUUUUCUUCCUCUCUACAGUAAACACCACGCCGUAGCCACGUUCACUUUUCUCUUCGUUCUGUCAGUGUCACCCAACGCUCAAGACGUGGCUAUCGAGCGCAGUUCCUGUGUCCGAAACCCUACCGCUAAUUCCCAAUCCGCGAAACCCCCCCGGUCAAGUCAAUCUCAAUCCGAGCCCACUCUUCUCCUGGACUUCCCCCAUCUCACGCCUUUUUUCCCUUGGAACCAAAACCUGCUUUGACGGAAACAACACAGUCGUUUCCGUGUGUACAAACCGCAAUCAACCACACUCGUUUUUGUUCUCAACAAGUUCGUCGACGGCUGGAAAUCCUUCAGUCUUUGUUUGCGGCCGCAGCCACGCCGCCAUCGACAUCCUUUGUUUCGACUGCCCCCGAACAAUUCGAAUCCCGCAGCCAAACAAUCACAACCCCCAUGUCAAUCUAUUAGUCCACCAUCAAACCAACAUAACAACCCCGUCAAAGUGGCAGCAACUACUGUGACGGAAUCGCCAAUCAUGGCAAACUCCUUCUCCUCCGCAUGGCGCUCCUUCUGGCAUACCAUGACCUCAAAUGAUCGCCAUGCUUCUCACGAUUCCCCUUACAGAACAGGUCAACAUGUACCUGUCAGUCAAAGUCGACACGCUCCUCUCACCUCGGUUGCCACCAGCGCAGUCGAUUCCCACCAGGACCUCUCGGCUACCUACCACGACGAUUCGAAACGACCUUCCAUUUCCUCCUCACAGAUUGCGGAAUCACCUGCAAGACCAUAUUCUCCCGGCAUGCGAUCCAUGUCCUCUCCCAAGCCACCUCAGGCCGACCAGACAGUAGCUCCUGGUGAGAUACAAAUGCAGAAUUUUGCUGACGGCGCCCCCCCGCCUCCUCCCGUCUCUCAUUCUUGGAAAAAGAUUGACCGCUGGGCUGAAAAGAACUACGAGGAGCUCUGGGAUCAGCUAGGUGAAGGAUGUACACAGAACGAUGUUAAUGAACUCGAACACGAAUUGGACAUGACCCUACCUCAAGAUGUUCGCGAGUCUCUAGGAAUUCACGACGGUCAAGAACGAGGCGGCAGGCCAACCGGUAUCAUUUUCGGCUGCAUGUUACUAGACUGCGAAGAAAUCGUACAAGAGUGGAAAAACUGGAAGAUCGUGAAUGAAGAGUACCUGAGCGGUGCUAAAAGCAAAUACAGCUCCAAGGGUCUCAGCAAUGGUUCCUCGUCGUCCAGCCAGACUCAAAACGGCAAUCGCUAUUGGCGACAAGAACUCCUGGACAGACAAGAGUCACAACCUCCCAAGGCCAUCCAGAAAGCAUACGCACAUCCGAGCUGGAUUCCCCUGGCCAGAGACUGGGGUGGAAACAACAUCGCAGUUGAUCUUGCUCCUGGCCCCAUGGGCAAAUGGGGUCAAAUCAUUUUGUUUGGACGAGACUACGACUGUAAAUAUGUGGUGGCACGAUCUUGGGCUCACUUCUUGGCCGUUGUAGCCGACGAUCUGAGCACUGAAAAAGUCUUUGUCGACGAAGAAACAGGAGAGCUGAAACUGAAGGAAUUCAAAACAGAAACGGUGGAACCACCUUAUAUGGAUAUUCUCCGCUGGCGAGCUGACCAGAAAUAUGGCCGACGAGGACCCAAGCGGCGCCCUCAGCCGGCCGGCUUGAACACCAACAUUGUUGCACAAAAUGGACGGCAGUCGCCCUAUGGCAGUCCGGUCAUGGGCAACGAAGAUAGAGGCCGAUCACCACAAAGAUUCUCAAGAGGCCCACAAGGUAGCCCGCGGCACGCUGUCGGUAGCCCAUUGGCCCGUGUUCAGGAAGAGAUUGCACAACCACAACCCGUCCGCCCUGGAGGUGAUGUUGUACGAGAUUUUGCCGAGGCCGCUGAAAUUUCGAGUGAAGGGAAGAAGCGAGAAAAGACGGCAGAAGCUCCCGCACCUAUCGAUCUGAAACUUACCAAUAUCCCGCGGAAGCCAGAGAAGUUGGUCGAUGCGCCUACGCCGUCCUCGUUGAAGAGUGCAGAUUCCGACAAAUUCCCGGCCACCAGACUCGGCAGAGUGUUGACUGAACCCGAAGCCAAAGAGACAAACACCACCGACGAGGACAAGUCCGAAGUCAAGGGACUGGGUGUCAAUGGCAUCGAAGAUGAAAUGAAGACCGUUACCAUAUAAUAUCUUUGGGUCGUUUCAGUACAGCCAAGAGCCUCUUUUUUUUUCUCAAACGAACUCAUGGAUGGCUGGAUAUGGUUUAUGGUUUGGUCUGGGUAUGGAUAUGGAUAGGGUGACUUGAUUCCUUUUUCUGGAGCAGAACACAAAGUCCAACCCGAGCAUUAAAGAGGAUUACACCCCCAAUAUCAAGGUUUUUUUGUUUUCUGCUGUGGCGUGCCCUGUGGCUAGCGAAUGUAUGAUAAACGGCUACCGCCGUAAUGAGCAAGAAAAAGGAAAAGCCCCCUCGACACUGUAUUCUCAUUUCUUUCCCUUUGUCUGUCUUCAGAGAAAGGUCCUCGGCUCGAGUUUUUCAAACAUUUGUGGUGACGAUGGGAGGACCUUAUCGACGAAGAGGGGCCCCCUGCCACGAUAACAUCUGAAGAAAGAUUGGAAAUAUUAGAAUUGCAGCAUGGCGUACUAGGGGAGAGAGAGAGAGAAGAGGGUGACGAUGACGAGUACUUUUCAGGGUACUCUGGUCGAGGGGCUAACAAGCCCGGGGGUUUUUGAGGUAGCUGAAUCAGUCUGAUCAAUGGCGAUUACGAUCGAACAACAAAUUCAUCCUGGAAAGGAUUCUAGAA